CUAUGACAGGACUACAUUUCCCAUGAGCACUCGCGGUUCUCAAUCCGCUGUCUUUUGGCAACAGACGAAAACCGUGCGAACGCAAAACCUGCUGUAACCAGGAGAAGUUGGGUCGCUUUACCAUGUUAACUCUGACACUGAGACAACUAAUCAGGCCGGUGUGCCGUGUUUCGGCUGCCGUCAGAUUCCAGCAUUCAGCUGCGGCGGUCUCUGAUGACGAGCGCUCGUGGACAGGACAGGAGAGUCUGUCUCAAGAUGACCCUGAGAUGUGGGAGCUUCUGCAGAAGGAGAAGGACAGACAGAGCCGAGGACUGGAGCUCAUCGCCUCCGAGAACUUCUGCAGUCGUGCGGCUCUUGAGGCUCAGGGUUCAUGUCUCAACAACAAAUACUCUGAAGGAUACCCAGGAAAAAGGUAUUACGGCGGUGCAGAGGUAGUGGAUCAGAUCGAGCUCUUGUGUCAGAAGAGAGCUCUGGAGGCGUUUGACCUCGACCCGGCGCUGUGGGGCGUCAAUGUUCAGCCCUACUCCGGAUCUCCGGCGAACUUCGCCGCUUACACAGCCGUCCUGAACCCUCACGAGCGCAUCAUGGGUCUGGACCUGCCCGACGGCGGACAUCUCACUCACGGAUACAUGUCUGACGUCAAGCGCAUCUCGGCCACCUCCAUCUACUUCGAGUCGAUGCCCUACAAACUCAACCCUGAAUCUGGUCUGAUAGACUAUGAUCAGAUGGAGUUGACGGCGAGACUCUUCAGACCCAGACUCAUCAUCGCCGGCACCAGCGCUUACGCUCGCCUCAUCGACUACAGCCGCAUCAAGAAGCUGUGCACCGAGCUGAACGCGUACAUGCUGGCGGACAUGGCUCACAUCAGCGGACUGGUGGCCGGCAAAGCCAUUCCCUCGCCCUUCAAACACGCCGACCUCGUCACCACAACCACCCACAAAUCCCUGCGAGGGUCCAGGGCGGGGCUUAUCUUCUACCGGAAGGGCGUUCGCUCGCUGGAUAAGAAGGGCAAAGAGGUCAUGUAUGACCUGGAGGAGAAGGUCAACUUCUCUGUGUUCCCUUCGCUUCAAGGCGGCCCUCAUAAUCACGCCAUCGCCGGCGUCGCUGUGGCGCUCAAACAGGUACAGCUUUGCUUUCACUUCCAGAUCAUCAGUCUUUCUGCUAGUGCUUAACCCAUAUACUGAUAU